AUGAGAUUACAAGCUGUCUUCUUUAUUACCUUGCUCUUCACCACCUUUGUGGUAUCGGUACAUCAUGAAAAGAAAGUCGAUAGUAUUCAAUGUACUUACCAGAAAAAUCCAUUAAAAUCCGAAGUUUGUUGGGUACAAUCUAACACCUGGAACAUAGAAGGUUAUAAGCAUCUGUGCAUAUUGGAAAUAAGGACCAUAAACGGUAAACUCAUAAAGAAGAAG